CUCAAGCAACUGACCACAGAACCCCCUCUUUUUCUUCCUCUUCGAGAGGAUCUCCUCUCGCAGGGUCCAGUACUGUGCCCUCAGGUACACAGAUGGAACCUCGCGGCGUGGUUACUGAGGAGUCCUUGCUGAGGUCCAAAGGUUUUUCGGACAAACUGACUGCCACCCUUCUUGACAGUAGGAAGAAGGAGACACGUUCUAUUUAUAGAAAAGUUUGGAUUCGUUUUAAUACUUGGUGCCAGGAAUUUUCCUUUCCAACACAAAGCCACAAGUCCGUUCUGGAAUUUCUCCAGUGCGGAGCGGAUAAAGGCUUGUCAGUGAGUACCCUUAAAGGCCAGGUCUCAGCACUCAGUGUGUUUCUAGAGAGCCCUCUAGCAUCCAAUCCCUGGGUCAUCAGGUUCUUUAGGGCUUUGUCCAGACAGAAACCUUCCCAGGGACCUUCCUUCCCCAAGUGGGAUCUAUCAUUAGUUUUACAGGUGCUAACAGGGUUGCCCUUUGAACCCUUAGACAAGUGUUCUUUAAAGGAUCUAACAUUUAAAACAGUCUUUUUAGUUGCAGUGACUACUGCCAGGAGGGUCAGUGAAUUGGAAGCCCUGUCCAUUCGUCCUCCUUUUUGUGUAAUUUUCCCGGAUCGAGUUGUUUUUAAAACCGAUCCGGCCUUCCUUCCGAAAGUGGCUUCCAAGUUCCAUAGAAGCCAGGAGGUGGUAUUACCCUCAUUUUGUUCCAAUCCCUCUAGUGAAAGGGAAUUUAAGUUCAGUACACUAGAUGUUAGGAGAUGUAUCCUACAGUACUUGGAGCUGACUCGAGCUUUUAGGAAGUCAGACUCUUUGUUCGUUUUGUUUUCUGGGACCAGAAAGGGACAGAAAGCGUCUCGGCGCACUAUUGCUAGGUGGCUCAGACUAGUUAUUGGGCAGGCUUACUCCUUAUCUGGUAGGGAAGUCCCUACAGGAAUUAAGGCACACUCUACUCGGGCGGUGGCUACUUCUCAGGCUGAAAGGGCUGGAGCGACGCCAGAUCAAAUAUGCAAAGCCGCAACUUGGUCCAGCUACGCCACUUUCAUCAAGCAUUACAGAGUAGAUCUGGUGUCAGCAGGUGAACAAGCCUUUGGGAGAAAAGUCUUGCAAGCCGUGGUCCCACCCUAAAUUCGGACCGGAGUGCUCGUAUAAAAACUGAGGUCUAGCAGGG